AUGGGAGAAAUAGUGACAUGGAGUGGCAUAAAUUAUGUAGAUAGACACGAUAAUAUUCAUCCUCCUGGAGAAUUAGAUUACAACAUGAAACAUCAUACAAACAAUGAGGAAUCAGAUAAGAAAGCUAAACAUUCACGACACUUGCUCUAUGUUUUGAUGUUUUGUAUCAGAGAAAAGUUUCAGGAUAAAGUUGUGAAUCCCUGA